AUGGCGCUCCCUCCCAUCGCGAAGGCCACUCUACAAGCUGCACUGAUCAAUGCCGGGUCAAAUAUACUGGCACAGAGCAUUCAGUCAUAUAGAGAUGAGAAACCGUUCGAACUGGAUCUGCAAACGCUGUUUCAAUUCACAACAUGUGCCUUUGUGAUGUCCCCCAUGACCUUCUUAUGGUUGGAGGGUCUGGAAUCGGCACUUCCAGGCCAGACUAGCGAGGAGCCUACCGCCACCAAGUCAAAGACCGAAAAGGCGGACCAGCCCAAACAAAAGAAGUUAAAUGUGAAGAACACGGUGGCAAAGAUCGUGAUCGACCAGGUCGUCGGUGGCGCCUGGGCUACCGUCCUUUUCAGUCUGACCAUGGGGCUGUUGCGCGGGCAGGAAUAUGAUGUUCUGGUAGACCAGAUUCGCAAUGAUUUCUGGCCCCUCCUGAUCGCGGGAUUCAAGCUAUGGCCAUUGGUCUCCAUCCUGAAUUUUACUGUUGUCCCAGCCGAUAAGAGACUGCUGGUUGGUAGUAUAUUCGGUGUCGUCUGGGCUGUUUACUUGAGCUUGAUGUCCGGGUAA